UGAGGGCAGGAAAUGGCACCACUCAGUUCCUGGCCUAACAGCUUCGGGACCACAAAUGCAAAGGAAACCACCCACCCCUCCCACCUCCUCCUCUGCACCUUCAAGUUCUCAGGCGCACAUUCCCGCCACCCCGCCUCUGAGCCCCGCCCUCCCCAGCAUCACCCCUUCCAUCCCAUUCCUCAGCCCAGAGCCAGGAGUCAGGAUUCCAGACCCCGCACUUCCCUGCCUGCCUCAGGUCCAGUUCCUGCUCGUGCCUGUUUGCCUGGAUAUGGCCACGCUUCUCCUCCUCCUCGGGGUGCUGGUGGUGAGCCCAGAGGUUCUGGGGAACAUGACAGCUGUGCAGACACCCACCCCCGGAGGGUCUUCUGCUCCUUUGGUCCUUACUAGUGAGGGCCUGAGCCUCAACUCAACCGUCGACAUCACUUUGAUAAGUGACCCUAAAGACGAUGGCACCAGGGACCAGACCUCAGCCCCACCUCCUGUAACAUCCGUCAAUGAGGGAUCCCCUGUUGGGACUUCCAUUGGUGCCAGCACUGGUUUCGCUGUACCUGAGCCAAUGACCUUGGAGAAAGUUUCCUUCAAUAAUUCAUCAGUGCUCCUGGAAACCACCAGUGCAACCAGUCACCCGCCUGCGCCCACAACAGCAAGCUCUCUAGGAUCCCACACUGUGACAGAUGAAACCGUGACAACCAACUUUCCGGAAACCCCCAGUGGGACCAGGGGACCCUCUCUUGCCAUGGCAACUAGCUCUCUGGAGACCUCCAGUGGGGCCACUGGAUCCCUUGUUACCAAGCCAACUGGAUCUCUGGAGAGCUCCAGUGACACCUUUGGAUCUCUUGUCACCAUGGUAGCUAGCUCUCUGGAGACCGCUGCUGGGACCACUCGACCCCCUGUUACCACGGCAGCUGCCUCCCUGGAGCCCUCCAGCUGGGCCAGUGAACCCCAGGUCUCUAGUGUAAAGCUAUCCACAAUGAUGACUCCAACGACCCCCACCAACGCAAGCACUGGGUCCUUCCUGCACCCAGAUGAGGACUCGAGAGGCAUGCUGCUGGUGGCGGUGCUUGCGGCGCUGCUGGUGGUCAUGGUCCUCGUGGCUCUCCUCCUGCUGUGGCGGCGGCGGCAGAAGCGGCGGACAGGGGCCCUGGUGCUGAGCGGAGGUGGCAAGCGCAAUGGGGUGGUGGACGCCUGGGCUGGGCCAGCCCAGGUUCCUGAGGAGGGGGCCAUGACAGUGACCGUGGGAGGGUCCGGGGGCAACAAGGGCUCUGGGGUCCCUGAUGGGGGGGAAUCUGGCCAGCGGCCGACGCUCACCACUUUCUUUGGCAGACGGAAGUCUCGCCAGGGCUCCCUGGUGAUGGAGGAGCUGAAGUCUGGGUCAGGCCCCAGCCUCAAGGGGGAAGAGGAGCCGCUGGUGGGCGGUGAGGAUGGGGCUGUGGACGCCCCCGCUCCCGAUGAGCCGGAAGCUGGAGAUGGGGCUGCCCGUUAGUGCUGGCAAAUAGUGAGGCUGGAGGCUGGAAUCCCAGCCAGCCUCCAGCACCUUCCCUCUUACCAUCACUCUGUCACCUCACCCCCACGUUUCCACCUGGCACCCCAUCCUCACCCAAAUCUUUUUUUUUUUGAGAUGGAGUUUCGCUCUUGUUGCUCAGGCUUGAGUGCAAUGGCAUGACCUCAGCUCGGAGGUUUAAGCGAUCCUCUUGCCUUAGCCUCCAGAGUAGCUGGGAUUACA